UAUGAGCUAACCAUCAAGUCCAUGCAAUAUUUGGAGCUCAAGAAUAGGUCCAAUUUUUAAAGCUAAUUCUUACGCAGUAACUGUUUGGACUCUCUCUUUCCACUCUCUGAAAGCCUUAAAUUCCCAGUCUUCCUUCUGUUUCUGUUCUACUUCAGUCCCAAACUGACAGAUAUGCUUUGUCUAUAACAUUUAUUACACCUGCAACAGCACCACCUCAUCUUUUUUUUUUUUUUUUUUUUUUUUGUUUCUCUCUGUGUUCUAACCGUUCAAACAGCUAAUUUGCACCCCGCAACUUCAUAUUCAGUUUCAACACAGCACUGCUCUAAUGGCCAACACAAAACCUAAAGUAGUUAAGCAACUCGGACAAUUCCUUCAAGAGCAACAAGAACCUUUCAUACUAGAGAUUUACCUAUCAGAAAGAGGGUAUCAGAAGAAGAACUUGAAUUCAGAAAGUAGUACCAGAUUCAGCCAGGGUAAUUCAAGCAAGUCUUUGAAGGGUUCCGGUAAUACUAGUCCAAAUAAAAGCAAAAAGGUUACUCCACAAUUUUCCAAGGUAUUGAGAGCUGCAUAUAAGAAGUUUACAUCCAUUAAAGACAGCCUCAGGAUUAAGAAUAAUGAUAACAGAAAUGGUCAAUUUAGUGUAACUGAGAUGGCCAGGAAUAGCCAAGAAGUUGCAGAACCAGAUGGAUUUUCCACAGCCAGUAGCACAACGGUUUUCAAUUCGUGCUCGGAUAGCGAAGUAGAAGAAACAUCAACUUCAGUGCAAAAGAAUGAUGUAUCAUUCAUUGAAAAUACUUCUCAGUCUUUUAAACUCUGGAGUCCAGGAGAUAAAGAGGCUGCUGCAGAAGGAAAGCUUCAAUGGAGAUGCGUAGAAGACAGUAAACAGAUAAGCCCUGUAUCUGUGCUUGAAGAAAUAACUUCUCAUAGAGGUUCUUCACCAGAUAAAACAGCAAGACAGGGUUCAGGCAACACUCAAGAAGAGAAUCCAUCAAGAAGUUGUAUCACACUCAGUAAGAAAAUAACAGAGGACUCCAUACUAUCAACUUCUUUCUGGAGCAUACUUUUUCACUCAGCCAUUGAAAAGCCAAGUUGUGCAGGUGCAACAGAAACACAAGAACCUGUCCACUCUAAAUCCACCUCACAAUUCUUCAAAUCCAAAAAGGUUGUACAACAAACAGAGCAGCUUCUAUUUGAUUGCGUGAGAGAAGUUUUAGAGAGCCAUGGAAAAGAGAGAAGGCAGCAAAAUAAGAAAGAAUUUCUGGGGUCUGAAUUGCUUGGAAAUCUCGUAUGUGAGAAAAUUAAGGCAUGGGGAAAACAAUCAGUUGAUGGAUUCAACAUAACACAACUAUUGAAUGCAGAUAUCCAGGAUUCAAUAAAAGAAUGGAAUGAUUUUGAGGCACAGCAGAGGGACAUUGCGUUGGAGAUUGGAGAUGCCAUACUAGAAGAGAUCAAAGAUCAAAUUGUUACAGAAAUGCUUUAUUUUUCAAAAAUUUAAACUUGCCCAUUCGCUCGCUGUUCUUAUUAAUUUCAUAUGCUCUUUUCCAGUCCACUAAUUU